UAUCACCUGUUGGUGUCUACUUGACGCUGGUCCAGAAAGCAAGCAUGGGUUUACUAGACUAGUCCACCGUGGAGAGGCUCUGAAACUCAAAGUUACAGUCCGGUAGUGCAACCUGUUGCUCGGACACUUUUGAGGCAGAAUGUCGUGGCUCUUCGGCUGGGGGAAGAGCUCCAGCACGCCGCCGCUGGAGGAGCAGAUACGGGCUGCUGCAGCUGAAGGAGCCGGCGGUGCAGCAGGAGGCUCCGGGGGAGACAAACCAGGAGACAAGUGGAGCAACUUUGACCCGACUGGACUGGAGAGAGCUGCAAAAGCUGCAAGAGACCUCGACAAAUCAAGACAUGCCAAACAAGCACUGGAUCUGGCUCGCAUGCAGGAGCAGACUGUACAGCUGGAGCAUCAGAGUAAAGUGAAAGAAUAUGAGGCGGCUGUGGAGCAGCUGAAGGGCGAGCAGAUCCACCUCCAGGGCGAGGAGCGACGCAAAACACUGGCAGAGGAGACAAAGCAAAACCAGGCUAGGGCACAAUAUCAAGACAAACUUGCCAGACAGCGGUAUGAUGAUCAGCUGAGGCAACAGCAAUUCCUCAACGAGGAGAACCUUCGCAAACAAGAGGAAUCGGUUCUGAAGCAAGAGUCCAUGAGAAAAGCUACCAUCGAACAUGAAAUGGAGCUGAGACACAAGAAUGACCUGCAUCGCGUUGAAGCGGAGGCCAAAGCCCGCGCCCACGUGGAGCGGGAGAACGCAGACCUGAUCCGGGAGCAGAUUCGCCUGAAAGCUGCUGAACACCGACAAACUGUCCUUGAAUCUAUAAAGACGGCGGGAGCGGUGUUCGGGGAGGGAUUCAGGGCCUUCGUCUCUGACUGGGACAAACUCACCGCCACGGUCGCUGGGUUGACCUUGUUGGCGGCAGGAGUGUAUACUGCCAGGAACGCCACGGCGGUGGGCGGGCGCUUCAUAGAGGCUCGUCUGGGCAAACCGUCGCUGGUCCGAGAGACCUCCAGGAUAACUGUGGCAGAGGCCAUCAAGCACCCAAUCAAGACAACCAGGCGUCUGAGAAGCAGACCGCAGGACGCCUUGGAAGGCGUGGUGCUCAGCGCAGGGUUGGAGGGGCGUGUGAGGGACAUUGCCAUCGCCACUCGUAACACCAGGCAGAACCGAGGCCUGUACAGAAACAUCCUGAUGUACGGACCUCCUGGAACUGGAAAAACACUCUUCGCCAAGAAACUGGCUCUCCAUUCGGGGAUGGACUUUGCCAUCAUGACAGGUGGGGACGUGGCACCCAUGGGGCGCGAUGGAGUCACUGCCAUGCACAAGGUGUUUGACUGGGCCAGCACCAGCAGGCGAGGAGUCUUGCUGUUCGUAGAUGAAGCUGACGCGUUCCUGCGUAAGCGUGCCACAGAGAAAAUCAGUGAGGACCUGAGAGCCACCCUCAAUGCAUUCCUCUACCGCACCGGGGAGCAGAGCAACAAGUUCAUGCUGGUGCUCGCUAGUAACCAGCCGGAACAGUUCGACUGGGCCAUUAAUGACCGCAUUGAUGAGAUUGUGAACUUUGCGUUACCUGGUCUGGACGAGAGGGAAAGACUGGUGCGCAUGUAUUUCGACAAAUUUGUGCUGGGUCCUGCCACUACAGGGAGACAGAGAUUAAAGUUGGCUCAGUUCGACUAUGGCCAGAAGUGCUCAGACAUUGCGGCGCGAGCAGAAGGCAUGUCCGGUCGUGAAAUCUCCAAACUUGGCGUGGCCUGGCAGGCUGCUGCAUACUCUUCAGAAGAUGGAGUCCUGACCGAAGCGAUGAUUGACGCAAGAGUUGAUGAUGCCAUCAAGCAGCACGCACAGAAAAUGGACUGGCUGCUGAUGGAAUCAGGUGCGGGGGUUGGCAAAGUCGGCGUGCUCCUCCCUAAGGAAAUGGCUGCAGGAAUCGCAGCCCAGGAAGCUGCUUCACUCGCACAAACCGAAGAUACAGCACCGACUGUACAACAAGUCCUUCCACUCCUCGAGGUUGUGAGCAACGCUGUCCAGGCGGAAGCUCUACCUACAGAAGUGGAGGCAGGUGCUAUCCUCACAGAGGCCGCCUCUUUAGUUAAAGAGAGUGAAGCGGUUGCUGCGAUGACCGUAGAAACUCCAGUCCUGAGUGAAACCAUUGUUGAGACGGCUUCUGCUGUCCCGUUGGUGCAGGAGGUCGAAGCCAUCAAGGACCUGACAGAGGAGGUUGUUCUAGGCACAGCUGUAGCUGCAGACACUGUUGUUCCUGAGGUGAAGGAUAUCGCCUCUGAGGUUAAAGAGGUUGAGGGUAUACCAGCUGCAGCCGUCCAGGAGACUGCUGCUGUGAGUAAAGAAGAGCCACCUGCUGAUGUAGCUGUUCAAGAGGCCAUCGAAGUAGUCAAGGAGGAUGUUGUAGCACACUCGGAAACGUCAGUCUCUGCUGUUGCUCCGGAGAAGGAAUUAGAGGUCUCUAAUGUUGUCCAGGAGUCAGAGGCUGCAGUAGCUGGACUCUCCCAGGAGACCGUUGUCCAAGAAACUGAGUCGGCUGCCGAGGAAGUAGCGACUGAUGCUGCAAAGGUUGUCGAGGAAAUUGCAACCAAUGUUGCCCAAGUGUCCGAGUCCCUUGCAAACAUUGUAAAAGAGGCUGAAGCAAUAACAACUGACGUGGCCAGGGUGGCCGAUGCCGUAGUAACCAUCACCGAGGAGAUAGAGGCAGUCAUCACCAAGGAGGCUGAAGCGGUGGAAAGUGAUGUCGUCAAGGAGCCAAUUGAGGUUGUAGCGGAAACAGCAUCUGAAACAUCAGAGGCUACUAAAGAGGUUGAAGCGGUAGUGGCAGAUGUGGUGAAGGAGUCUGAGGGUAUUGCCGCAGAGGUUAUUAAGGAGGUCGAACCUGCGAUGGCUGAGACCGCCGCCAAGGAAGCUGAAGUCUUCUCAACUGAGUCUGCAAUUGAAACUGAAGCCAAGGAACCUAAGACUACCGCCAUUGACGCAGAGGGUCUGACUUUUGCUACAGAGAUCGCCAAGGAAGCCGAAGUCGCACCUGCAGAGGUUUCUAAGGAAGCCGAAGUCGCACCUGCAGAGGUUUCUAUGGAAGCCGAAGUCACACCUGCAGAGGUUUCUAAGGAAGCCGAAGUCGCACCUGCAGAGGUUUCUAUGGAAGCCGAAGUCACACCUGCAGAGGUUUCCAAGGAACCCGAAGUCGCACCUGCAGAGGUUGCCAUUGAAGCCGAAGUCCUAACAACUAAGGAGACUGACUCUGUGGCUACAGAAGAUGUGAAAAUACCCGAGACCACUGAAGUUGCUGCCAAGGAAGCUGAGGCCAAAACGACGAAGGCUGCAGAGGAGGUGGAGACCGUAGUAACUGAAGUCACCGAUGACACAAACUCAGCAGCAGUUCCCAACAUAGAAACCAAGGCUGAUCCAGAGACCGUCGUAGCGGAACAGUCUGAGAAACUUGAGAAUCCAGCCGGCGAGAAGUCCGCUGCCUCUCAGCCUCCCAGCACUGAAGAAGCUGAACCCAGUCAAACCGAGAAGCCUCUUUCAGACAAACAAAGCGGAGAUGACGACAAACCACAAGCCAAGCCAAAGAAAUGAUCACUUGAAAGCCUCGAUGAGAUGCUAUUGUGAAUGAAGGGCUGUUGUAACUGUUAAACACUUUUUACACCCUCAAGCGUGAAACGUUCACCUUGAAUUCUGUCUACUCUUCUGUCAAUAUGUUUGUAACUCAAUUAGGGCUGUCCUCUUGUGUUUACCAGAGAUGUGCUCAUCAGUUUCUUGGAAAUAAGUCAUUCAGCAUGAAAAAAGCAUGACCGAUUAGUCGACUAAUCGACUAAGAGAGGGCAGCCCUAAACUCAGUUACUGUGUAUGUCAACAUAAAGGUAAUAGUGUGAUUAUGACCUGUAUAUCUGCAAAAGUCUGAGUAAAAUCAUGUGUGGACCA